AUGUCAAUCAGGCCUCUCACGCUAACGGGUUUAGAGGAGCCGGAAACCUCUUUCGAAGAACUGAAUACAACGCUACCUCGAUUUCAAUCCCAUGAAACAUUGACAUUAGAAAAAAAUGCGCCACCAUUGGGUACAUCAACUUAUAUACCGACUCCGUCCUCAGUAGGUACGUCUGACACUGGCACGGUUUUUUCUAACAGUGCUGGUGCGUUCUGGUCUAAUAAGCAAGCUGACGAUGAUCAAGAUAUGGAAGUAGACCAGGAUGAUGAGUUUUUAAACGACUUCCAGGAAUUUCAAAACAAAAAGGAUGAUUUUGACGAUGCUAUUAAAACGAAUUUUCAUUUGAGAAACAGGUGUGGGACUGCUUCUUUCAAGAACGAUGUUUUCGCAGAAGAGUUUGAUAGAAAACUGAGUUUUGAAGAUAGACCAAGGCUGAAGCAACCUAGAUCAAUGAUGGAGUUGAAACCAAAAAGAAAACUAUCGAAUAGCGUAACUUCAAGAAACUUAAGGACCAGUAAUUCUGUAAGGUUUAAGAAAUCUAUGCCAAACCUAGCUUUAGUCAAUCCAGCGAUUAGAGAAGAAGAAGACGAUGAGGAGCACGACAGAGAUGAACAGCGAAUAUUUGGCUACAAAAAUGAUGAUCAUACGCAAGACACAAUUCUGGCGAAAUUCAGUUCUGAUGAUGAAGGUGACUUUCUAACAGGAUUUGAAGGGCUGAAGGGUGAAGCAAUUGAUGAAACGAUUUCUUCGAACGAUAAAAGGAGCGCCGAGCAACCCCCUUUCUUACAAAAAAAGUCCUCCUCAUCUUUGCCAUUAAAGAUAUCGCCUGCACAAUAUGAUAUAGUAAAACACGACGAAUUAUUAACUCCGGGUCUUCAUAGGCGACAACGAGAAUGGAAUACCCAGCAGGAACUGGACUCUUUUAGAGAAAAACGGCCAAUAAGACACUAUUUCAAUCAAAAUGUUCAACUCAACGGCCCAGCUAAAAUUAAAACCAUAAAACAGCAAAUUGAUCAUAAUACUCCAAUGAAGAAGGGUUCCAUGAUAUAUAACCCGAAGACUAUGAAGUGGGAAGGAAAUGAAAAUGUUUUGAACAAAUUUAGCGAUGUGGAUACAGCGAACAAGAAGGCUCUGUUGAUAAAAAACAAGCUGCAACGAGACGCUGAUUUUAAGAAGCAAAAAUACUCUGAUCUACAGCAUUCAAGAGCUACUUCGAGGAAUCAAAAGGUCGUUGGGAACAUGAUUCUGGACGAACAAAACUUAAGAUGGGUUAGCUUUUCAGAGGAAGAACCAGACCCUUUUGCAGGCAUUCCUGAGAUAAACUUACCACCGGUUGGCAAAACCAUGAAAAAACGCAGCUCCUCACCAUUUUUGCGUUCUCAAAGCCAAGUUAACCCACCAUUUCCUUCAAAUGACAAUAUUGGCGGUUAUCAAAGUACGGCCGCUCAAGCAAGACUCCGUAAAUACCAUUCAAUGAGAACACUUAACAGUACAACAAAUGGUCCAGAACUAAAUUCCACUUUCCAUUUGAGUUCAAGGGCAUUAGAAAAAUUUUACCACGAGGAGAACAGGUGGUGCAAAAAAUUGGCCCCAUGGUUUAUACCGCAAGAUGAGACCAUUAUCAGUGUUGAUGAAGAAACUAUCAUGGAUGAAAGUACAGUUAGUAGUAAGAGAAAAUCCUACAUGUACGAAAUUAGGAACAUGGUAAUUAAUUCAACAAAAGAUUAG